AUGACUCUUGGCUCCGGAGGAUCGAGUGUUGUUGUGCCGAGAAACUUCCGGUUGCUGGAGGAGCUUGAACGUGGGGAGAAAGGUAUUGGAGAUGGAACUGUGAGCUAUGGAAUGGAUGAUGGUGAUGACAUUUACAUGCGCUCUUGGACUGGCACUAUCAUUGGUCCCCACAACACUGUUCAUGAAGGUAGAAUCUAUCAGUUGAAGCUCUUUUGUGAUAAAGAUUACCCGGAGAAACCUCCCACUGUCCGCUUCCAUUCACGUGUCAACAUGACUUGUGUCAACCAUGAAACGGGAGUGGUGGAUCCUAAGAAAUUCGGGCUUCUUGCCAACUGGCAAAGGGAGUACACAAUGGAGGAUAUACUGACACAGCUUAAGAAGGAAAUGACUUCCUCGCAUAACCGUAAGCUUGUUCAACCUCCAGAAGGCACUUGCUUCUAGUAUCUUCUUCUCCUUUCCUGAAAUAUCUUUUGCCCCCUUCUAACACUAAAAUAUGUAUUCUGGGGUAAUCCAUUGUCGUUCUCAAGCCUCUUUUUUUAAAAGAAAAAUAUGGUCUAUGUGGAUGGUGAUGAUGUUGUUCGAUUAAUCAUCUGAAGUUUCUACGUGUGUUCAAGUUAUCAAAAACAGCGUCUUCCCCAAUCCAUCUGUGUUCAAUCUUUUGAGUUUUAUUAUUGCAUACAGAGAGGACUGAGAUAAAGGUCCAAAAUUUCUUGUAAGCUGUUUUUAUGUAGUUGUGUCGUCAUUCUUGAUUUGCAAUCUCUGCCUAACAGUAAUCAUUUGACAUGAAAUUUCAGUGUUUGAUACUAAAACCUUGUUGGUCGAUUCUACACGUGAGGUUUGUUUAAUGGGUUAAUGUCAAAGGUUUU